UUACUAUUGGCUUCAAGAAUAAUUUAGUUGGCAGUUGUAAUAAAUUUGAAUCUGUUGUAAUAUUAGUGGUUUUCUUAGCUGGAGAGGACUAUGAAGGAGAAAGUUGACUUUAGGAUUGUUUUUCAAGAUUCCUAAAAUAGUUUAUUACUUUGUCUUCCAGCAAGAACUUGAAUAACAUUAUGGUCUUUCAUUUAAUCUACUUGGGAGAAGUGUCAGAAACUGGAAUCCUCAUCUUUACAGCUAAAAGUUUUGAAGCGCACACUUUUAAUCCUAUCAUUGAGGAGGCAGAAGCAGGCAGAACUCUGAAGCUGCUUCCAAGUUUGAAAACCAAAAAACCUCGAGAACUUGUGCUGGUGAUUGGAACAGGCAUUAGUGCUGCAGUUGCACCACAGGUCCCAGCCCUGAAGUCCUGGAAGGGCUUAAUUCAGGCCUUAUUGGAUGCUGCUAUUGAUUUUGAUCUUCUAGAGGACGAGGAAAGCAAAAAGUUUCAGAAAUGUCUCCAUGAAGACAAGAACCUCGUCCAUGUUGCCCAUGACCUCAUUCAGAAACUCUCCCCUCGUACCAGUAAUGUUCGAUCUACAUUUUUCAAAGACUGUUUAUAUGAAGUAUUUGAUGACCUGGAGUCAAAGAUGGAAGAUUCUGGAAAACAACUCCUUCAGUCUGUUCUCCAUCUGAUGGAAAAUGGAGCCCUAGUAUUAACUACAAAUUUUGAUAAUCUCUUGGAACUAUAUGCAGCCGACCAGGGAAAACAGCUUGAAUCCCUUGACCUUACAGAUGAAAAAAAGCAGGUGCACACCUUGCCAUCCUGGUCGAGCUGUGUAUGUAUUGUGCAGGUCCUGGAGUGGGCUCAGGAGAAGCGGAAGCUAAGUGUGUUACACAUCCAUGGGGUCUAUACCAAUCCUAGUGGCAUUGUCCUCCACCCCGCUGGAUAUCAGAACGUGCUCAGGAACACUGAAGUUAUGAGAGAGAUUCAGAAGCUCUAUGAAAACAAGUCAUUUCUUUUCUUGGGUUGUGGCUGGACGGUGGAUGACACCACUUUCCAGGCCCUGUUCCUAGAGGCUGUCAAGCAUAAAUCUGACCUAGAACAUUUCAUGCUUGUUCGGAGAGGUGAUGUAGAUGAGUUCAAGAAGCUUCGAGAAAACAUGCUGGACAAGGGGAUUAAGGUCAUCUCCUAUGGAAAUGACUAUGCUGAUCUUCCAGAAUAUUUCAAGCGACUUACAUGUGAGAUCUCCACAAGAGGCAGAUCAGGGAUGGCAAGAGAAGGCCAGCUAAAUGGUUCAUCUGCAGCACAUGGUGAAAUACGAGGCUGUAGUACUUGAGCAAGCGGGAGAAAUUUACCGUUAGACCACGCUGUGGGGCCUUCCUGUGGAUGUGUUUAACAAGCAAACUUACAAGAACUCAGCACAACUCCCUGAAGUUGAAGCUUGGGGUAGAAUAGGGGUGGCAAUGUUGCACCUUCCCUUCAUGCUGGCUGUUUCUUGAUACUGCCUGGUCCAUUUUAAUACCCAGUGAUAUCAGGACCCAAUACAGCCCCUACCUAUCCCAACACUGGACAUGCUUGUCUACACAGCAGACCAAUGUGGUGGCUCCUGGCUAUGGCUGCAGCUCUGCAGGACUUGGGGAGCAAGAAGUCAUGGAGUCAGUGGGCUCUUGUUGCAGUUUUGUACUCUACUUGGUUUUUCAAUUAAGCUUAUGGCUUUUUUAAAACAUGACUUGAAGCUCUAGUUUUCUAGAUCUUUUACAGUGUACAGUAUUUUACAUAACUGAGCUGUAUUAAAAGCUUGUUCGUUUA